CACAGCAACUUAUCCAGACAGACCCACAACAGGAAGACCCUGUUGCGGCUGGGAGCCUUACUUUUCUGGGCAAAAGAAUCCAAGCGCAACGCCUCUCGGUGCACUGGGGGCUGUCCUAACAGACCGAGCUAUGGCUUUCGCCGGAAAGGCUCGCGAGAUUUCGGCUCCGAGCCGAUCCGAGAUCCAACGAAGAUCGCUUCGCCCGCCAUGAAGCGCGCAGCGGCACUGUCCCUGCUGGCAUGCGCCCAGGCGGUGAGCCCCAUGGAGAAGGUCUUCUCCAUGCUAGUCGACCUCCAGUCGAAGGUGCAGGAGGACGGUAAGGCUGCUGUGGAGGCCUAUGACAACUACACCAAGUUCUGCGUGCGGGGCAAGCGAGAUUUCGGCUAUGACAUCCAGGAUGGCGCGAAGACCGUGGAGGAGCUGAGCGCGGCCAUUGAAAAGGCCAGCGCGGAGAUGGAGGUCUCCGGGUCCAGACUGGAGGAGCUGCAGGGCGCCAUCUCCAAGAGCGAGGCGGAUCAGAAGGCGGCGGCAGAUCUCCGCAGCAAAGAGCAGGCGCAGCAUGCUGCCGCCCGGACGGAGUUGGAAGAUGCCUCCGACAUGCUGGGCCGCGCCAUCAAGACGCUCUCCGAGAAGCUGCCUGGCUCGGCGCUGCUGCAGGAGACGAAAGCGGAAAAUUUGGUGCAGGCCCUGGGCGCCGUCGUGGACGCGGCCGCCUUCCCGAACGGGGAGAAGCAGUCGCUCAUGGCCUUUGUGGAGAGCGCGACGCAGCAGCCGGAGGUCGCCGCGUACAAGUCCAAGAGUGGAGGCAUCCUUUCUGUUCUCGAGGACAUGAAGGCCAAGGCCCGGGACGACCUGAACUCCAUGGUCUCCCAGGAGAAGAAGGCGCAGCACAGCUUUCUGAUGCUGAAGCAGAGCUUGGAGAUGCAGAUCUCGGCCGACCAGAAGGAAACGGACCAAGCCAAGGCGGUGCGCUCGGAGGCGGCAGAGGCGAAGGCGGCGGCCGAGGCGGCGCUGGAUGGGUCCAAGAAGGACCUGGCGAACGACAAGACCUCUCUGCAGCAGCUGGAGGCGAGCUGCUCCCAGGCGGCGGAGGACUUCCAGGAGUCCGCCAAGGGCCGGGCCGAGGAGCUGGAGGCCCUGAAGAAGGCCGAGGAGGUGCUGAAGGAGAAGACCGGCGGCGCGGAGGCCGGCGUCUACAAGGGCUCAGUGCUGCUGCAGGUGAAUGCCCAUAGCCAGGGCCAGGACGCGCCGGUGAACACCUUCGAGGUGGUGAAGAUGGUGCGGACCCUGGCGAGGAAGUCGGAGUCUACGGGUUUGGAGACGCUGGCUGCCAACAUCGAGUCCUUGCUGCAGACACGCCAAGCUCCCUCGGACGUCUUUGCCAAGGUGAAGGAGCUGAUUCAGAACAUGAUUACCUCCCGGAAGGAGGAGGCCGCGGCCGAUGAGACCAAGAAGGCCUACUGCGAGGAGGAGCAGACCAAGACCAAGGCGAAGGUGGAGGAGCUCAGCAGUCAGAAGGACAAGCUGUCCGCCAAGACGGACAAAAAGUCUUCGGAGUCCGAGACGCUGAAGAGCGAGGCGGCGGCGCUGCAGCGGGAGCUGGCGGAGCUGAAGCAGCUGCAGAUCGAGAUGGAUGCGACUCGCACGGAGGAGAAAGCCGCCUUCGAGAAGCAGCAGACGGACCUCCAAGCGGGGCUGGAGGGCGUGCGCUCGGCGCUCAGCGUGCUGCGGGACUACUAUGAGAGCUCCGGCGCGGCGCUCAUCCAGCAGCCCGUCUUUGCAUACGAGAAGUCUACCUCCUCGGGCGUCCUGGGCAUGCUGGAGGUCGUGGAGUCGGACUUCGGGCGCAGCUUGGCGCAGGCGGAGACUGUGGAGGCGACCAAGGCGGAGGAGUACGAAUCCAUGACGAAGCAGAAUGAUUUGACCAAGGUGCAGAAGGAUGCGGACCAGAAGUUCAAAGCGAAGACGGCCGCUUCUUUGGACAAGGCAGUGCUGGACCUGGGCGCGGAUGCCGAGGCGUCAAAGGAGGAGCUGGCUGCGGUCCUCACCUACCAGGAGAGCCUGGCGAAGCAAUGCUACGAUGGCGGCAUGUCCUAUGCCGAGCGAGCGGCCAAACGGGAGGAGGAGAUCCAAGGUCUCAAGGACGCGCUGGCGUCGCUUGGGGGCACGGACUUGAACGCGGUGCUCCUGCAGAAGGGCCUGCGGGGCGCGGUGGCAAAGCCUCACCGCGGAUGAGUGAGUCGGGUGAACGCCGGCCGC